AUGGCGAGCACCGACCUCAAGCAGACGUUGACGCCAACCCUCCUUCAGGAGGUGCACGAGUUGUGGUUCAAGCACCUCAACAGCGAGGAGCUAUUCAUUCUUCCCGGAUGGGCCGAGAUGGGGAAGUGGUUUGCUCGCGAUGAAGAAUUUGACAAAGUCUGCCUCACCAACUUCCGGCCUGCAUUGGAGACAAUCAUUGCCUCUGGAGCAUCAGCCGCCGAUAUCAUCUCAGCAAUAAACCCAUCCUCCCCGAUGGAUUGGCUUAACCUCAUCAUUCUACUAGACCAAAUUCCCCGUAAUUGCUACCGGGGAGACGAGUCGAAGGUGGUAUUUGGGAUCUUCGAUCCCCUAGCUGAGGAAAUUGCUCUUCAAGCAUUCGCACAAGGCAUCCCGACCCAGUCGUCGUAUUACAGGUAUCGCAUCGCUUAUCGCCAUUGGUUCCAUAUGCCUCUUAUGCAUUCGGAGAAUCUGGCUGUGCACGAGCAAGCCGUCAAGGUGCAUGAAGAUACAGCGAAAGAUAUUGAAGAGUUCUUGGCUAGAGAUCCGGAAUCUUUGAGCGAAGAGGAGAAACCGUGCUACAGGGUUCUGUCUGAGAAGGCGGAGGCACUCAAGGCGUUGUUGAGUGAUAUAGAGGACUAUGAGAUCAGGCACAAAGUUAUUAUUGAGAAGUUUGGCCGGUACCCUCAUCGGAAUCAACCGUUGGGUAGAGAGUCUACCCCGGAGGAGAUUGAGUAUCUGAGGAAUGGGGGUGAGACAUUUGGUUGA